AUGGACUUCGACACGGCCAGCCAAAGCCUGUCGCCAGCUGCUGCCUCGCACAACCCCAACCUCAAGCUCCCUGCAACUUGCGACCCGCCGUCCGAGCACAGCCCCCCAAAGCAGGCAUCAUGGAUCGUCUUUGGCGCAACGGGCCACAUGGGCCGUUCGCUUGUGCGCGCGUUGCUGUCGCACGGCGACAAGUGCACUGCCGUCGGAUGGACGCAGGAAAACACCAUGGAGCAGAUGAAGAAGUGGGAGCAAGAAAAGAACUGCGUGGGGAUGCUGUGUGAUGUCCGGGUCAGAGAGACGGUAGACAACGUAAUCAAAAAGAGCAUUGAGCACUGGGGACAUAUUGAUGUCAUCGCAAAUUGCACUGGCUAUGGCGUGAUCGGCGCAUGCGAGGACCAAGACGACUACGACCUCCGCAACCAAUUCAACACCAACUUCCUCGGCACCCUGCACAUCAUCCAGCUCUCCCUCCCACACUUCCGCGCACAGAAUUCCGGCCGCUAUCUCAUUUUCUCGUCCACUGCUGGCGCUCUCGGCGUCCCGGGUCUCGGGCCCUACUGCGCCACCAAGUACGCCGUCGAAGGUCUCAUCGAAUCCAUGCUCUACGAAAUCGACUGCUUCAACAUAAAAGCUACCUUGGUUGAGCCCGGGCACGUGCGCUUAGACGAGCCAGACGACAUCGUAGUGGGCAGCGAAAAUCCUGGUCCAGACGGCCCUCCCAAACCCAAGCGCUACGGGCAUUUCUUCGUCAAGGAGAAAUUGAGCGAGCCAUAUAACACGGCGACGAGCCCAGCGGGCCAUGCAAAACGGAUGAUACAGUGGCUGAACGAUCGGCAGCCUGUCAGCGCAGUCAAGAGCGCCGAGUUAGUGUGGCAGCUAGGACAUUGCAGUUAUCCGCCGUUGCGCUUGCUGCUUGGGAGCUAUGCGGUGGAGAGCGUUAGGGACAGAUUGAGGAGCAUUAUUGAGGAGAUUGAGGAUUGGAAACACCUUUCUUUCCCUGUGGUUGGGCCAACAGAAGAGGAAAGAGAAAGAGGCGGGGAUGAGAUGGAGCAGGAAGACCAGGAGAAUGAGUGA